UCUCUUCCUCUUUAGAUCAUAUCAUUAUGUGGAUGUUCAAAUUGUGGAGAUCAUAUCUUCUUUUAUGUAGAUGUCGCAACCAUUUGUGCUUCCAUUUGUUGAUCUUGUGACUUAUCAUCUACUUAUGCUAUGAUUUAUGUAGUUAUGGCGCGUCUUCAACAAUCGCCUAAGGACUUUAUUUUUUUUUGUUUGCUAUGAAGCGAAGAAAAAUUAGAAGAGUAAUGAUGCUGAUUUUGAUUAGGAUAAUCCUCAUUUUUAGAAGAAGACUAAGAAUUAGGAUGUCUAAGCAACCUAGUCUGCAUAAUCCUAUCCAUAGAUUAGGAAAUUUAGAUGGAAUGAUAGUGGAGAGUGAUAUUGCUUGCAUUGAGCAACUUAGGAUGGAUCGUCGCACGUUUAAUAUCUUCAUUUCAUUGGUUCGUGAAGUUGGAGGUUUAAGGGAUACUAAGAACAUGGUAGUGGAAGAAAUGGUUGCUAUAUUUUUGCAUCUACUUGCAUUUGAGGAGAAGAAUAGGGAAAUAAAAUAUGAUUUUCAACGGUCAGGAGAAACUAUAAGCAGACAUUUUAAUAAUGUGUUAAAAGCUGUGUUAAAACUUUCGAGUUUGCUCCUUAAGAAACCUGAACCGAUUCCCGAGAAUAGCACAAAUGAAAGAUGGAAAUGGUUCAAGAAUUGUAUAGGUGCUAUUGAUGGGACUUUGAUUGAUGUAAAUGUGCCUGCGAUAGAUAAAUCACGUCAUAGGUCAAGAAAAAAUACCAUCUCAACAAAUGUUUUAGGAGCUUGUGCACCGAAUAUGCAAUUUAUAUAUGUUUUGGCGGGUUGGGAAGGUUCAGCUGCCGAUGGAAGAGUACUUCGAAGUGCUUUAAAUAGAAAUAAUGGAUUAAAAGUGGCUAAAGGUCAUAAAUCAAUUUCUUAUGUGUAAAGAUUUUUUAAGGGAGCAACAAUGACCAAUAAUCUAGCUUAACUCAUUGGUUUUUCCCUUUUUCACCUACGUAAUUAUUAUCUAGGGGAUGCAGGUUAUAAACAUUGUGAUGGAUUUCUUUUACCUUAUAGAAGAACAAUUUAUCAUGAAUGGAGAAGGGGGUUGGAGCAACCACGCUCUAAGGAAGAGUUGUUCAAUAUGAGGCAUGCUUCAGCUAGAAAUGUGAUUGAACGAGCUUUUGGUUUGUUGAAAGUACGGUGGGAAGUUCUUGCCAAAGGCACCAAGUACCCUCUCAGCACUCAAAUAGAUAUAAUAUUGGCUUGUGUGUAUAUUCAUAACCUUAUUCGCCAACAAAUGAGCGUUGAUCCAAUGGAAGCUAUUUUAGAUGCAUAUAUGGAAGAGGAAGGAGAGAAUGAUGAAAUUGAAGAUGAUGGAGACUACAUUCAAAAUUGUGACGCAUCUGAAGAAUGGACUAACUUUAGAAACACAUUAGCUCAAGAUAUGUAUGAUGCAUUCUUGGCCAGGAGACAUUAGUAAUGGAUAGUUUCUUAUUUUAGUUGGUUUUUCAAUUUUUAGUCUUUUAGGACUAGCUUUUAUGUUGAACUACCAACAUAAGUUGUUUUUUGAUUGAUUAGUUAUACUUUGGUAUUGUUUGCCACCAUUGUAUGACAGAUAUAUAAUAACUAACAUGGUUGAUGAGAUUCGAGGUCGAGGAAAAAAUAAGAGAAUGUGGACUUCAUUGGAGGAGAAUGCCCUUGUUGACAUUCUACUUGAGAUGUAGAAUUCAAAUUGGAAGUGUGACACAGGCUAUAGGACAGGUUAUCAGAUAUAUAUUGAAAAGAAAAUGACUUAUUGUGGAUUGAAGGGUAAGCCACAUAUUGAAUCCAAAAUUAAGAUUUUUAAAAGACAAAUGGGAUAUAUUCUUGAAAUUCAGAAGCAAGUUAGUGGUUUUGGUUGGGAUGAUGCUACAAAAAUGGUAACUGGUGAGAAGGAAGUAUUUAUGGGUUGGGCUCAGGUAUUUUCUUUUAUUUAAUUUGUUAACAGUAGCUAUUAAUCAUUGUUUUUGCUAUUAGUUUUGUUUCUUUCAUUUGAUUGAUAUAUAAUUGUAAGAUAUGCUCUAGGGAAAAGAUGGAGCUGCUGCUCUAUUUUGUAAAUCGUUUCCUCUUUAUGACAAGCUUUGUGAGAUUUACGCCAAGGAUCGUGCCAGUGGAAGUAUGGUCAAGGGGCCCGGAGACGAUGAAGAAGGUGAUAAGAAUGAGGCUGAAAAGAAUGAUGAUGCUAUUAGCUCAACUCUAGCGAUUGGGCAAUGAAGUGGCCGAAGAAAUCGUAAGAGAAGAAGGAAAAUUGAAAAUGAAGAGCUUAGUGGGCUAGCCACUGCAUCGACAGCUUUGAUUGAUGUUGAAAAGGAGUCUACUUCAAUCAUGAUGGAUAUGAAGAAAUCAUUUUUACGAGAUGUGGAGAUAGGUGAGAAGAGAACUAACCUUUUGGAGUAUUGAGUAAUUUGCAAGAACUGACGCCAAUAGAAGUUAUCGAAGCUACCACAAUUAUUGGCUUAGAUGACAAGAAGGUGGAGAUAUUCUACAGUGUGCCGGAUGAGUCCAAAGUUAUGUUCAUUAAAUCUUUGCUAAAAUGAUAGUGUUGAUUGAUUUUAAAAAUAUUAUGAUGUAAAAUGGUUGAACUUUAGGUUAUACUUUCUGUGUUGGUGAAAAUGUAGAUGUGUUUUAAAAAAGUAUGAACUUGGUAGUCACUAAAGGAAUGGACUUUUUAUCGUAAUUUUUAUGCCUAAACACUAGCUAAUUUUCUCGGUUGAAGAGUACUAGUAUGGCUACUUAAUUGAAACUUGUUUGUAAU